AAAUUAAAAUGUUGCGGAUUGUCCCAUCAACGAACAUUUCCAAAAUGAAGAGUGUAUUAUUUGUUGCUUUAGUAGUUGGUCUUUCUGAAAGCCACGCUUUUGUGAGCGUGCCGUUAGUGAAAUUUAAAGAUCUUCCUCCUGUCGAUCCUAUCGAAAUAAAAAGUUCAUAUCAAAACUUUAUCGAUUUGUGUCAUCUGCCAAGAGGGUCACGAGUAAAAUCACCUUUGAAAAACUACAGAAAUGUUCAGUAUUUUGGACAAAUAUCUCUUGGAACUCCAAAACAAAACUUUCUUGUGAUAUUCGAUACUGGGUCUUCAAAUUUGUGGGUGCCUUCUUCGAGCUGCGCAUCGUUUAUUUGUAAAAAACACAAUAAUUAUGAUGGCAAUUCAUCUACAACAUACAUAGAAAAUGGGAAGGUAUUAACCGUCAAUUACUUAAAGGGAAAAAUUGUUGGUAUUCUUUCUUCAGAUACGUUAAGAAUUGGACAACUUGAGGUCAAGAACGUAACUUUUGGAGAGGCGAUACAUUUCCCCGGAAAGGGAUUGGAAAAUCUAAGGGCCGACGGAGUUUUCGGCUUGGGUUUUCCAGAAAAUGCAGACGCCGACGUUCGACCACCUUUAUUUUUAAUGAUGGACCAAGGGCUCCUCAGUCAAAACCUCUUCUCCUUCUAUUUAAACAGAGACCAUAACGACGAGAACGGCGGAGAAAUUGUGUUAGGAGGUUGGAACGCGGACUUGUUCGAUUCAAAUGAUAUCAACUAUAUCCCUCUAAAUGAUAAAACUGCUUGGCAAUUUUCCAUAGAAAGGAUUACCGUCGGAAAAAGCAAUAACCAAACCGACGUAAACAAAGAUCCGUAUAAAAGGAGCUACGACGCUCUUGCUGAUACUGGUACAACAGCAAUACUUGGACCGGAUAAGUAUGUCCGAACAAUACACGAUACGAUUGGAGUAACUAUGUCUGGACAUUAUCCAACUGUGAAAUGCAGCACUGUGGACAGUCUUCCAGACGUUACUUUCCAUAUCAAAGGUAAACCGUACAAACUGGGCCCGAGGGAUUACACCAAAUUUUGGAAAGGUGAUUUGUGCACCACGAAUUUCAGGCCAAUCCCGUACUCUAAUUAUCCAUGGAUUCUCGGUGAUGCUUUCUUAGGAAACUUCUACACGAUCUUUAACGUCGAGAAGAGAUCAGUAGCAUUUGCUCCGCUUAAGAAAAACAAGAAGAAUUAAUGCUAUUAUUAUUACGUAUUUAAUACGUCUAAUUAUUGUAAUACAUUUUUACUGCUAGAGCCAAAAUGACAUAAGAUUUAACAAAUAUUGGAAUUAUUAUGUUUAUUCUAAUAUUUAUUUUGUAGUUGAUUUUUAAAAGUUUUGACAAAUGUAGAAACCUAAACACUGCCAUAAUAAAUAACAGUACAGCAUAGUAGCAUGCAAUAGGUUUUA